UAAAAUAUAUUCUUCGUGAUGGUGUAGGUAAUUUAUGGCAACUCGAAACUUUCACAGAUCGGUGACUCUUGGGCCACAGUCUUCUCAAAUAUCUGAUAUGAACGAUCAUUGAGAACGAUUAGUCAUUGACUUUGGACGAUGCCUGUACUUAGUUCUACCCUGUUGGUUCUGAAAAGAUCAUUCCAUUUCAGUGGAAUUGUAAGGAUCAUUUCUCAAGGAGUGGCCACCUACAGUACCAAGCCACGCCCCCCGACUGAGUCCUUAAUCCAGUGGAACAAACUCCCUAUCCCCAAGAAACCCCAGAAGGACCGUUGGGAUGAGAAGCAUGCCCUCUUUGGCGAGAACGAUUACAAAGACAUCUUAGGCGACGGCUCGUACGAGUUGAAACGCAAUAUCAAGCAUGGCCCACGCUGGCUGCACGGCUGGCGAGGCAACGAACUGCAGCGACUCAUCCGAAAGAACAAGAUCAUGGGAGCAGACAUGGGCCCGACGAAGCGUCACGCCAUGCUCAAGCGGAUCAAGUACUUGCACAAGAAACUGAACAGAAACAAGGGCAAAUGGAUGUACAGAGAUAAAAUGGAACGGAACUACAGGGAUGAGAUGUGAUGAGCAGAAUGGAUUCAAGACUGCUGCGAUAUUUAUCGGCACUUUGGACUCAUGUAGAGGAAGUUUCUUUUCAGGAAAAUUUAAAGAUUUUUGUGUAACAGAAUCAUGCCUUAUGGAAAGAGUUGGAACGUCAAAAUACGCUAGAUUAACAGCCAAGUCCUAUGGAUGACUACCCAUCUGUCUUUGUCAGGCAAAUUUUACUCGGUGCACACUCACAAACUGGAUUUCUUCAAGGCAAGGAGAUUGCAAGUUCAUAAACUUGUCACAAUAACAAGCUUUAUUUCUGAAAAACAUUUACAAUCAUAUCAACACAAGCAAUUAUGAUUUUGUUACAUUAAAAAAAACCAGAUUACAAUGACAUAAA